CGACUGUUGUUGUUUUGCCGCAGGGUCAGUAAAUAAAUCCGUUUACUGUUCCGGUAAAUUUCAGCAGAAAUACUAAAAAAAAAAAAAAGAAAAGAGGCCGGGUACCACAGGUGGUCGUCUCCGCGUGUGGGCUGAAAUGAAAGGUAAAGAGCGGUCGCCGAUCAAGAAGCGCUCCCGGGCCCUGGAGGAUCUGCGGGACCGGGGAGGAUGCCACCCGAGCAGCAAGAAAAUGGGGGCCGUGUCGGCUCCGGGGGGGAGCAACAACGGCAGCUCCUCCAAGAGCGACGGCGGCUCCGCCCGGCGCAGCCUGCUGGGGGAGAAACGAGACCGGGACUUCGACACGGGCCACAGCCGGCCCGGGAAUAAUAAUAAUAACAGUAACCACGGCUGCCAGUCCGGGGCCGGGGCCGGGGCGGGGGUGAAGGGACACGGCGGGCUGAGCCUGGCCGGGGCCGGGGCUCCAAGCCGCGGGGAGCCGCGUGGAGCUCCUCCACCCGGGCCGGACAGCGAGUACAAAACCCUGAAAAUCAGCGACCUGGGCACGCAGCUGAGCGACGAGGACAUCGAGGACGGGCUGUUCCACGAGUUCAAGAAGUUCGGCGACGUGAGCGUGAAGAUCAGCCGCAGCAACGACGAGCGCAUCGCCUUCGUCAACUUCCGCAAGCCGGAGGACGCGCGGGCCGCCAAGCACGCCCGCGGCCGGCUGGUGCUGUACGACCGGCCGCUGAAGAUCGACGCCGUGUACAUCAACCGUAGAAGGAGCCGCUCCCCCGUGGAGAGGGAGCUGUACGCGGCCGCGGCGGCCCAGAGCCACCGACACCUGCCCAGGCCGCUGUCCCCCACCGGGCUGGGCUACCGGGACUACCGGCUGCAGCAGCUGGCCCUGGGCCGCCUGCCGCCGCCGCCGCCGCCCCCGCUGCCCCGGGAGCUGGAGCGGGACCGGGACUUCGCCCUGUUCGAGGCCCGGGCCCGGCCGGCUUUCAUCGCUGAGCGAGCUGCAGCUUUCAGAGAAGAGGAUUUUAUCUCACCUGAGGAUGAUCAGAGGGCGAAUAGGACUUUGUUUUUGGGGAAUUUGGACACUAAUGUGUUGGAGGCGGAUCUGAGGAGGGCGUUUGACAGAUUUGGGGUCAUUACUGAAGUGGAUAUUAAGAGGCCCACUCGAGGACAGACUAGCACUUAUGGAUUUUUGAAGUUUGAAAAUCUUGACAUGGCUCAUCGGGCUAAGCUUAGUAUGUCUGGGAAAAUAGUGGGUCGGAACCCGAUUAAGAUAGGUUACGGGAAGGCGACUCCCACCACACGGUUAUGGGUGGGUGGACUGGGCCCGUGGGUUCCUUUAGCCGCCCUGGCCAGAGAGUUUGACCGCUUUGGCACCAUUAGGACCAUUGACUACAGAAAAGGGGACACGUGGGCCUACAUUCAGUAUGAAAGUUUAGAUGCUGCACAAGCAGCAUGGACACACAUGAGGGGUUUCCCUCUGGGGGGUCCAGAAAGAAGACUGAGAGUGGACUUUGCAGACACGGAGCAUCGUUACCAGCAGCAGUUCCUGCAGCCUCUUCCUAUACCACCGUUUGACAUGGUGGCGGAGUCUUUUGUCCACCGUGCAACACCUGAACCUCUUAGGGUCAGAGACCGGACUCCACCGCCGCUUCACUUUAGAGACAGAGAGCUGUUUCCUGGAGCCGAGUGGCCCAACCCGGCCAUCCGUGAACGGGUACGGGCGUCACCUUUUGACCCUCUGGAGCAUCUGGAACGAGACCGGCGGGUUCGGGAGCCUUGGUCUUUGGAACGGGAGCUGCAGGGACGAGAACCUGCACGGAAGCGGCGUGCGAUGGAGGACGGGCGUCAUCUAGACCACUCUCCCGACAGCACUGAUAGGACAGUAAGACGGAGACGGGCUUCUCCGGAGGGCAGCCCUGGAGGAAGCAGCAGAGACGGAGGGCGUUUCAGUGACUCAGAGCGCCCUCUGCGCGGCGACACGGCCUCUCCACCAAGAGAGCGGCACAGUAGCUUGGAAAGAGGUGGGGCUGAACGGAGGCUCAAAAUUCAGAGUCUCUCCGACAAGGGACCUUCUAGUGUUCUUUUAUCGGUUGGAGAACGCAAACGCAAGCUGGGUGAUGGUGGCAAAGGGCUGGCCAAGAGAGAACGGUCUGAAAGCAGCUCCAAGGGAGGUCAGCCAUCAAAACUUGAUGGAACCAAACUCAGUUUGGCCUGGCGUGGUAUGUUGCUCCUGAAAAACAGCAACUUUCCAGCCAGCAUGCACCUGCUGGAAGGUGACCACAAUGUAGCAAGUGACCUCCUCAUCGACACGACAACAGGAAGGCAGGUGGGCGAGUUAAAGAUCACGCAGCGUCUCCGGCUGGACCAACCCAAGCUGGACGAGGUGUCCCGGCGCAUCAAGGUGGCGGGUCCUGGAGGCUACGCGGUCCUGUUGGCGGUUCCCGGAACAGCGGAGGAGGCAUCUUCAUCCGACCCUGCAGCCUCAACACAGCGGCCGCUUCGCAACCUUGUGUCCUACCUCAAUCAGAAACAAGCGGCUGGAGUCAUCAGCCUACCCGUGGGCGGGAGCAGGGAUAAAGACAACACGGGGGUUCUUCAUGCUUUCCCUCCUUGUGAUUUCUCGCAGCAGUUCCUCGAUUCCUCUGCCAAAGCUCUGGCAAAAAGUGAAGAGGACUAUCUGGUCAUGAUUGUGGUUCGUGGAGCAUCUUGAAAAAAGAUCACAAUACGCUAAGCGCAAGUGGAAUUUAAAAAAAAAAAAAAAAAAAAAGAAAAGAAAAAUCUGCUGUAUGUCAAUAAUUAUUGCAUGCUGUGUGUUCUGCAUCUUGGGGUAAAGUAAAUAUGGUUCUCGAGUGUCUGAGUAUUGCCAUGUAAUCCACUAAAUGGACAACUAGUGAAAACAAUGGAGACAGUUUUUGAAAAUAACUUUUCAAUGAGUUUGAAUUUGAUCACAGUGACACAAUGGCUGUAAUUCAGACAGUUCUGUAACGGAUAAAUACGCUAUUGUUGGAAUUUUAAGAAUUCCACUUAAUCAUUUAAAGUCCAAUUAAAUUAAGGAGCGUUAAAGUUACACAGGAAAUGUUUGGGUUCAUUUAUGGGUUUAAAGUGUUUCCUUUUCAGUUACUGCCAAGGAUUUUACUCAAUAACACCUUCAUUACGAAGAUAAUAGUAUUUUUAGCCACAUUUACUGUAUACCAUUCUGUGGAAAGGAGACAAAACUUUUUUUUUUUUUUUUUUUUUUUUUUUUCAGUAAUCUUUGCUUCUGGCCUCCUUUUUGCCAACUUUUAUCUGUUACUCAGAAUAUACGGUUGGUGUUAUUGUGGUAAUUUCCUUCCCAGAUAUGUCGACGAAAAAAUUUGAGACUUCCUUUUUGUAAGCCUUGACUUGUUGUGAUUUGUCAACUAUUAAUACCUUUUGAUUGAUUAAAACAAAGUUAAGCAUUAAUGCUUUUUGAAAUCAAAAAGCCUUAUAAGAAUUAGUGAAUGAUCUCUAUGGAUCUCUUUUGGUGGGGGGAAAAAAAGUGAAUAUUUUGAAGUCCAAUCAUUUUGCACGACUCUCCUCACGUUGAGUACACUGCGUUUAAAUGUCCUCAUUAUUUACUUGAUGGGUAAUAAGCUCAGAAAGUCUGAAUGGAGUGUGAUUACUCGACGCAGAGAGUUGUGCAUCGUGUUUGGACUUCAGUGAAACUCCCUUUGGGUUGCUUGUGUGCAGUGUAAAAGUUAGAAAAUGACAUGAAGAUCACCAGUUGAAAGCUUCGAGCUCCAGGUCAUACAUUUCAUUUGCCUACAGUGUAAAGUCAGAUAAACAAAGUUACAAAUUGUUUUCGGUAUCUUGGUUUGACUGUUUUUGUAUUGUUUUUUUUUUGUUUUUUUGUUAUUUGGGAUGUCAAAUUGCAGAAUACAUGAGGAGUUCAAGUUACUGUCAGCAGGGAAAUCAAAAUUUUCAUGGUAACUAAAUGCUGAAUACCAACAUGUAAAAUGUUCGGUCAGGGAUCAGCUCAUAACACAGACAAAGCUUAGUAAAGCUAAUACUAACAGCUUUCUCACAUAUAUUUUGACUUAAUUUAAUUCAGUGUAUCCCUUUCUUCAGAUGGCUGUGCAUUGUGAUAUAUCAAACAUUUCAGUAGUAGUGGAUGAAAAGCCUAAAGGGGUUUGUGUUAUUUGAAAUUCUGCUUCUUUUAUUUGCCUGAAACCAGUCAGUAAAGCAAUUACACUAUUAAUCCAGAUCAGUAAAAUGUUGGUAAAAGUGACCUGCUGUUUGAUCAGUUAGUAAGUAUGUGCAGUUUUAUGGUUUUAGAUGUAUAAUAACAGUAAAUGUUUAGUUAAAUUUUAGAGGUCUAAAUUUUUAACAGUAUUCCUACUUAUGCUUGCCAACAGUUUUCCAAGGCCUACUUACCAUAUAUUGUUUAGCCAUUGUAUGUUGGUCAUGCAAUAGUAACUCACUAUGAAUUAUAAUUUGCUGACUUUGAUUUCAUAUGUACUGAAAAUAUUCAUAUGUGGCAAAACUGUUGUACACAUAAACAUCUCACCCACUGCAUCUUUGGAUUCCUGAGGAGAGGAAUGCAGAGCUGCAAACCUCAGCAGAAAAGGCACCCUAGUGUUUGUAAGUCCUCACUGAUGAGGCAGCUUAAAGUUGUGUAGCCCAUCAGCACCUGUGAUGACUUCUGUUUUAAGUGGAAAAUUGAGCAAUGUACGCUUUGAUGUCAUGGAAAAGGAAAAUCCAUAGUGCCCAUGUGAAGCUGUUCACAUACCUGCAAGUGCGUUUGGGCACUAAAUGUGACCGAAUAUCAAUAAAUUGUUCAUUUGAAGGGAAACGUGUUUCUUCGAUGGAAGUGAAUAGAAGAAACAAGCUGCAAUACCUUAUUGUAUUUCGAAGGAGUUGUCACUGUGAAAUUCUGUUCCUUCUCACAAAAGUGGAGACGGUUUGCAAAUUGUUUUAGCUCCAGUGAGCAGAGACCCGUGUUUCGUGCGAGGAUUCACUGUUUGCUUAGAGGCCGGUUCUGAGCGCCGAAGUUGCCCAUCCUAAGUUGCUUCGUCACUCAACUGUACCUGUCGGCAUGCAAACACUUGAUCAAGAUGGAGGAGCGUCUGCAUGCCCUUGUUUCAGCCAGAGUCCAGUUUGCAGUGUGAAGCAGAUUCAUACAGCGGUGCAGUUUCGGGAGGCAAGGGCUGGAGUUCCACGUGCCAGUAUCCUUUUGUCUUCCGUGCUCAUUAUUCUAACAGUUUCACAUGCAUUGUUCCUGGUUCUGAAUAAGAGGCAUGGGAAGCUCAUCAGUGGCUGUCACACACUCCACUGGGGAGGUUGUGAGUGACACAACUGAAAUUUUCAUAGCAUCUACAGCUCAAGCUCACUUCCUGCAGAGACCGAGCUGAAUAACUCAGCUCAUUGGUUUUGAUCCAGCUUUUUCCCAGUUAUGAUUUUGACUUGUAUCAUGCUUAUACCAGGGAAGAGGAUUGGCUCAAACUACAGCUAGGAAUAUUGUGCUCUCCUCUGAUUGAACCCUCUCCGAGGAGACGAGUGAAGACGCGCGUCUGCUGUUCUGAAGCCGUAUCCCGUCAUCAUCUGAGGUCUUCUGCUGCAUGGAAACGAAACACGCACAGGCCAUGCUGUUUACUCGUUUUGCCAUCGCUGGAUGGAGACCAUGCAGUGGAUCCCGCCCUUCACUGACGUUCUAGGAGACAUGUUUACUUUCCCAAUUCCUGUUACAAGUCUAAUGCCUAUUCUCAGAGGAAAGAAAGUUUUUCCAUUCCCUACUUCCAUCCAUUUUAGACACAUUAGUGUGAAAGUAAAUUCAGUAUUCUGUGCCGAGGAGGACAUCUUACUCCAGUCAAGAAACAUUGCCAUCUUGAGGACGGCGGAGCAGCAGUUUUCCUCUCACAGUCCGCUGCCUGACAUUCAGGACAAAGCAGGUAUCUUUCUGUGACUGGUGCACAGCCACAGCGCCAUGGUGAGUAACUGGAUAAAUGCUGCCUACCAUGACUGUAUCACUGGCUUAGGCAGCAAUGGUGAGUAUAACAUGUUCAACACCACAUUAUUUCCUAGAAAAAUUGCAAAAUAAUGCAGUCUCAUUUUUAGCCCAAGUUGUCAUUCAGGUUAUUUCCAAUAAUUGUUUUUGGACAUUUAAACCCUAAUGCCACUAAAAUAUAUCCCUCAGUAUUGUAUAUUAUGUUAGUUUCAUCACUCUAAAAGAGGGCUGAAUAAACUAACGGAAACUGUAAUACAAUUUUAACCAAAAUGUAGACACUUUUUUUUUUCUAAUAACAAUCAGGCUGAAGUAUUUGCUGACCUUUACCUAAAAAAAACAUGACAAAUGAAAAUGAAAUGAGCUUUUGAUUUGGCUACUGCUGCCAAGUCUUUCAUGUCAGACAAAAUAUUAGUAAGUUUUUGUAAUCUUCAGUAAAAUUAAACUUACUAAUGCUACAUACACACAGACCUCCCCCCAAAAAAACACUACAAGUAAAGGUGAGUAUGUAGCCAGUGGGAAGACUAGUGUGGCUUGUAAAGACCUCAUUUAAUCAUAAACAUGUGCUCAAGUAUAAUUUUAAGGUACAUUAAUUUAAGUAUAAUGUAUCAACAUUCACUGUCACUCCUUCAUUACAAAACUUAGUCUAGAAAACUUGAGCCCCCCCCCCCCCCCCCCCCCCCACCUAUAUUUGCUACUUUUGCUCAAAAGUUUAAGUUUUUCAUAAAUAGUAUUGUAUAGUGUCACUUUCUGAUGCGCAAUUAUAAAUUCAGACAAAACAACAUUAAUUGAUCUGUGGCAAUACAAGAUCAUUAACUGCAGCCUUGAUUUUAUCAACAGAGGUAUUAAAGGAAUCUGGACUAGUGCACAUCAGUGUCUAAGUAUAAUCCAGUUCUUUAAUUACAUUCUGGUAUCUCUUGUUUAUUUUUUGUUCCAUUAGUGUGUCGCUGGUUAUUUAUACACACACACACACACACACAUAUAUAUAUAUAUAUAUAUAUACACACACAAACAAACCUGUAGUCCAAUUUCUGUAGACUCCACCAUCCAUAUUCAUAGUUUACCUCACUCAAAUAACACUUCUAUUAGCUGAUAGCACCAGUAAGUGAAGUGCAAUAUACCUGAUUAAUGGAACAGACAUGUUCAUGGAGUUUUGAAUCCAACAAACAGUAUAAGAGAUGUGAAUAUACACUUAAUCUGUACGCAAUCGCUCACCUUUUUAAUCGGCUAACAGGUGGUGCUAUACAUCUAUUUAUGAAUGUAUGCAGGACGUACAAAGAGCUGUGGUAUUGAUUAACAGAGAGAUACAAGUAACAGUAAGUUCCCCCCUCCUUACAUCACUGGGUCCUGACCCGAGCAUUAAUUGAGCAGGAAGAGUGUAAAUGUUGAAAGGUGAGUUUUUAAAAAAAGAAAGAAAAAAGCCUUCUAAGGGGCCUUUUUUAUUUAUUUAUUUUUUCGCCCCAAAAUUGAAGAUAAGGGGCAGAAACUACUUCACAAAUUUACACGAGUACUUGCUAAAGCUAUUUUUCCAUUAUAUAAACGCCAUAUACAAUGAACAUUUAAUCAAUAAAUUAUACAGACUUUGGCCACAGUGCCACCAAUUUUAUCAUUUUUUUACUCAUCUGUGUCAGACACACUAGCCAUGUAAGUACUUUUACACAUAUUUAUUAAAUUGUGGUGCCAACUCAUCAUCACAUUUGACAAUAAACUCAGUUCAUGACGAAAGUGAAAACAGCCUUGCUAUUUGCAUCAUUUUUGAGAAAGACAAUCUAAUUCAGUGGGAUUGGUGGUAAAAGUCACAAAUUUGACAUAUCCAUGAAUUUUCAACUGGUUGCUGCGAAGCUUAUGGUGGUAUCAAGUGACAGAUAAAAACAUUCAUAUUUGACCUUAUUCUUUUUUAUUUCUGACAUUUAAAACUUUAAAUUAUUUCACGUUUUGUUUUAUUUUUAGACAUCCACCGGACAGCGUGGCGAUGGACAGUGGACCUCCAUGCAUGGCUUAACUGUAAGUAACCUGUUAAUGUCGACUACACAGUUCACUAACAGUCUGAAAUGUCACACAGUGUGUAAUAUUUUAAAGUGGAUACUAGAGAAACAACCUCUUUUUUUCAAUUUUACAAUCAAAUACAAGCAUGAAUGUUAGAAUAUAAAUGAAUAAUGAUGUGUGUAUUUUUUAUUUGUGUAUUUAUUAUAUGUAUGAAUAAAGU